AUGUUGGACUUCAUGGAAAAUGUGCAACAUGCAUUCUAUGAGGCUUCGCAUUGGAAUCUGGACAAUUCCUAUGGCACCUUGAACGCGACCGCGCGAGCAUUGCUCGACUUCCAGACACCUAGGGGCCUGAAACUGCAGCUCUCGUCCCUUGCCGCCCCCAAUUUUGCGACAUCGUACACCCUAGGCAACGUAGGAGUGGUCGACGGCUCCGUGUCUUACCUGUACUCGUCCCUGCCGCUGCAGCGAAAGUUGAAUAGUUCCGAACUAGAUUUGCACAAUGUCAUCAGAGGCUACAGGCAGCUGCAAGAGCUGCGACGGCCUGACGAGGACUGGUGGUGGGAGAUUUGGCAAAGCGGGAAGCGCAUAGACCGGAGAGACACUUUACUUUAUGGCCGCAUAUUCCUCCCUCAAUCUAGACUCGAAGCACUAUAUCUCCGCCGCCUGACACCGACCCGGCAGCUGCGCGUGAACGCAGUUAGCGACUCAAAUCUCAACAAUGGCGGGACUAUCCUUACACUGCUGCAGAACGACUAUGGCAAAUAUAGCACCGAGUACAUGUACAGCACUGAUUCCGCACUGAUUGGAUUACGCGGUCUUUACAAUUUUGGCCCCGACCCCAGAGUUGCGCCUACACAACCCACAACUGCUCAGCAGGUGGCUGAACCCAUGCACGGCCGCUUCAGCGCCGGAGCAGAACUCUAUUAUGGAUUGCUGAACAAGAGUGGUGGCAUAAGCACCGGCUUACGUUUUGCGACAUUACCAAACCACCGUGGCUUCCCAUAUACCAUGACACUCACGUUAAAUCCGUUGAUGGGGAACCUUUCGUCGACCUACGCGGUCAAAGCUGGCCCCAACCUGGCGCUCUGCUCCCGCUUCGAUUUCAACUUUUACUCCUAUGAAAGCGACCUGCAGCUCGGCUGCGAAUUGUGGCGACGCCGCAGCAACACCGAUGUCGACUGGGCGUCCAAGAAGAUACGCCCAGACUGGACGAGGCCAACGGUUGCACCCGAUGACGACGUUUCCGGCAUCUUGAAAGCCCGUGUUGAUCAGGAGUGGCGCAUUGGAGUGCUGUGGGAGGGCAGGAUCAAAGAGCUGCUGUUCACUCUCGGCGCGAGCCUGGACCUCAAGAAGAGGGAGCAAGUAUUCCGGGCUGUUGGUAUCGAGCUGCAGUACUCCUCGUGA